UUACAUACUUAAAACCUGUACGGAUUAACAAUAUCGUUUAAGAUAACAAUAGAUAUUUACAGAAUGAUAUGCAUCAUUGGUAAUUCAGUCGAGACUCGCUAAUAAUCGAAUUAAAUAAUACGAACUGCUGUUCGAUGGAUGCAUGGAAUCAAGAAUUGAUUUAAAAAUUCUGAUAAACCUGUUAGAACGUUUUACACUUUCUUGUGGGUUACCUAAUGUAUCCUUGAGGAACGCGCAUACUUUCUAAGCUUUUUUUAACAUUUUUAUCACCGAAUAUAAGUGGCAUAAUUAGCCACAGGUUUCAAAGGCAUCGUGUCUGUUGAGGUUCAAUGUGAACAAUUUGUUUGAAAACCAAGUGAGAAAAAUGGCGCAAAGUGCUUGUCUGUUGUCCAGAAUAGUGGCUUCUUCUAUAACUGCUACUGUGAGGGCAGGUAAAAUUAUCAGAGACGUUAUGACUCAUGGUGGGCUAAAUAUAGUAGAAAAGGGCAAAAACGAUUUACAAACUGAAGCCGACCGUUGUGCCCAAAGGUGUAUCAUUGCCUCGCUAAGUCAGCAGUUUCCGAAUAUUACUAUCAUUGGCGAGGAAGAACCGUCAAAUUGCGAGGUACCAUCCGACUGGGUUGUAACUGAGGCAGACCAAGAAGUGUUGAAACUAAAACUGCCUGCUCAUUUGGAGGAUAUCGAUCCCAAAGAUGUGUGCAUUUGGGUAGACCCAUUGGAUGGAACAUCUGAAUAUACUCAGGGCCUCGUAGAGCAUGUCACAGUCUUAGUAGGAGUGGCAGUUGGGCAAAGAGCGGUCGGAGGUGUGAUUCAUCAACCGUAUUAUAAAAAUAAUACGGAUAACGUCUUGGGACGUACUCUUUGGGGUAUAGUCGGCGUGGGGUAUGGUGGAUUUGCACCAAGCGCACCACCAGAGGGAAAAAGGAUUGUUACGACUACUCGUUCGCAUUCCGAUAGCAACGUCCAAGCAGCUAUAACUGCUUUGUCUCCGGACGAAAUUUUACGAGUGGGCGGGGCGGGAUUUAAGGUUAUACUUUUAUUGGAGGGCAAGGCUCAUGCUUAUGUGUUCGCCAGUAAAGGGUGCAAAAGGUGGGACACGUGUGCUCCUGAGGCUGUCCUCCACGCUGUUGGUGGUACAUUAACUGAUUUUUACGGGGAACAAUAUCCAUAUAACGCGGAAACUACAUUUUCAAAUGAAAAGGGCGUGCUGGCCACUGCCCCUGGUCAAAUUCACCAAUGGUAUUUGAAUCACAUACCGUAUGAAGUGAAGCAAAAAGUAGGAAAAUAGUAUAAUUGGAUGACAAACGAUUCUUCAUAUAUUUGCAUGUAAUGUUAAAAUAUCUGGAGCAUGUGACUAGAGUAAACUAAAAUUGAUUCUCAUUCGAAGAUAUGUUUCGAUAUAAAACUUGAUCGAGUUUCUUCAAAAUAAAUGUAAAUAGAAUAAAAUACUUUUUAUAA